AUGGCUACAAGACAAGCUCAAAAAAGGCUCACGAAGGAGUACAAAUCCAUGGUCGAAAAUCCGCCUCCAUUCAUCAUAGCACAGCCUAACGAAAAUAACAUCUUGGAAUGGCACUAUGUGAUAUCAGGACCGCCCGAAACACCUUAUUCGGGAGGCCAGUACCAUGGAACACUCGUUUUUCCAUCAGACUAUCCCUUCAAACCUCCAGCAAUAAGGAUGGUUACUCCUAGCGGUCGAUUCAGGGAAGACACACGGUUGUGUCUCUCGAUGAGCGACUAUCACCCCGAUACCUGGAACCCAUCUUGGUCAGUUUCGACCAUUCUGACUGGACUUCUAAGUUUCAUGACUAGCAGCGAGAGUACGACGGGCGCUAUUGUAACCACACCGGAACACAAAAAGAAAAUGGCAAGAGCCUCCAAAGAAUACAACACGUUCAAGAACGUUCGGUUCAAAGCCGUUUUCCCUGAUCUCGUCAAGGAGAACCUUGCCCAUUUCGAGGAGCUCAGAAAAAAUGGUGAGCCAGAGGCCGGUGAGCCAGAUAAAGACGUUUUAGAAGAAGCUGCAAAAGAACAAGCUAUAAAGAUCUCGGACAUUACAGAUCCUGAAGAUAGAAUAAGAGUAGAGGAAGAAUUGCAAAAAAUGCAGAAAAUGCAAGCCAAAAAGGGCAAGCAUGACAAUAAUCGGUCGAAGCUCUACAUUAUUUUUGCCAUUGUGCUCGUAGUUGCAGGCAUUAUCAUGAAAUAG